GCCCACUCCUCCACAGCAGUUUAUAUACCAACUGAUCAUCACCAUCUCGAACACAGCCAAAACCAUAUCCAAAACAGAGAAAGAAAAUGAUGAUCGGACAGCGAAACCUUCAAAAUCCGACCGUGCAUGUCCCUCCAUGGCUCUCCAAUGAUCAGAUGGAUAAUCUGCGCUGUGGUUUCAGCCCAGACGGAACCGACGACUUUUCGCCGUUUCUCCAGAACGACGCCGUCGUCCUGAAGGCGCUACAGCGUUUCCUGCCGUCGAACUCCAGCGACGGCAUCGUCGAUUUCAACUCCGACAGCGAGAAGGACGUCGAGUUUCCGUUGGACGCGUUCGCAUACGAUAGCUUCCGGAUGUACGAUUUCAAGGUCAGUAAAUGCUCACGUGCGCGCCCACAUGACUGGACCGAGUGUCCGUUCGCCCAUCCCGGCGAGAAGGCUCGCCGGAGAGACCCCCGGAGGUACCGCUACACCGGAACGGCGUGUCCUGAGUUCCGUAAAGGGAACUGCCGGAAGGGCGACCUCUGCGAGUUCGCGCACGGGGUUUUCGAGUGCUGGCUCCACCCUUCUCGCUACCGGACACAGCCGUGCAAGGACGGGCUUCUCUGCCAGCGACGGGUGUGCUUCUUCGCUCACUCGCCGGAGCAGCUCCGGAUUCUCAGCCCCCGGGGGGAGGCGUACGACGGAUCGCCUCGGAAGUACGGAUUCGACGGAUCUGGCGGUAGACAUCUGCAUUUCCUUCCGCCCUCUGACUCCGGCUCACCCCCGUCCGAGUCACCGCCUCUGUCUCCGGUCAACGCAGCGAGUUCUGGGCACUCGCUGAGUCGAUCUCCGAUCAACGACGUGAUGGCCUCUCUGCGUCAGAUGCAGCUCAACAAAGUCAAGUCGAUGCCGUCCUCGUGGGGCGUGCAAAUGGGUUCCUCCCCUGUUCUCGGAUCCCCGAGGCUGCACAUACCCGGAUCUGGAUUCGGCAGCUUACCCAACACGCCGACCCGAAGAUCCGGAGUCUGCCACUUCGAGCUGUGGGAUGAAGGUUCGGGUCUCGAGGAGUACCCAAUGGAGAGGGUCGAGUCCGGGAGAGAUUUGCGGGCUAAAAUGUUCGAGAAGUUGAGCAAGGAGAACCCAUUGGACGGGUCGGAAGCUAUUCCAAACCCGAAACCAAAUGAUCGAGGCCCGGAUAUCGGAUGGGUUUCGGAUCUUAUCCAGUGAAUCAUCAUGACCUUUGACUAUCCGACUGACUAUAUCAUCAUUGCUUAUGAUUAUAAUUAUAUCUUUAUUUGUGGGGUAAGUGGGUUUUGGUCUUUUUCUCAACACUUUGUAGUUAUCCUCACUGUAUGUAAAUAGUACUAGUAUUUUUAUGUUAAUUUUAAAAUAAGAAAAUGUAAAGCCGUUGUAUGAACGGUGGAGAUUUUGUACAUAAAAAAGCAGGAGGACGAAAGCGUAAAAUCACAUGUUGUGGUUUGAUAUGGAACUAGGCAGCUAGCAGGAAACUGGGUUUUCACGCAUCUGUUUUUGGGGUAGUUUCUAGGUUUUCUUUUCAUAUCAGUGAUAACUACCAUUAUUACUAUUUUUGUAAUAUUAUUAUAAGUGAAAUUAUUAUUACUAGUUUUUUAUUGUGCAAAUCCGUACAGUUUUUUGCUU